CGCCUGCCUACCCUUUAGUUUAGCUACAACACUGUAGUAUGUGAAUAGUAGCAAGCAACACGAAUUUCGCUCCUCAUAUUGAUUUCUUUAUAUGUCUUUUAUUUACAAUAUUCAUGGUUUUGUCAGCCAGUAGUGGUAUUUAGGCUUCAAAGUAGAUACAUUGGUAUUUUAGUUAGCUUGUGAUAACUUGCGCAACGACUUCAGAUACGAGCAAAGUCUCGGGACAAGGCAACAACUAGACUUUUGGAAGGACAGAUUUGACAUAACUUUCAGACUAAUUUUCACCAGGUUGAACUCUUCGAUAGAUUCUAUGUUCCUUCUAUAGGCUAGUGUUGGACAAUUCUUUUGGCGUAUGUGUCUGUUUGUCAUAUUCCCUCUGGAAGUCUAUGGAGAGAAGCUGUUCAACUUGGAUGUUAUCCUCACGCGACUCUGGAUUUAGUUACGUACUGUGAGACGUACACGCGUAACCCCAGAGGCCAGACGUUGAAUGUUGACUUUACGACAAGAAUAGUCGAAAACACCUGACUUGACCCGAUUUGAAUGCCUGUGCAAGGAUUUUGUUGGUUUCUGUGCUGCAGGCAGGGUUUCAAUUUGCUCGGACGGGACUAUGGGGAGAAAGAGGAGGAAGAAUCUUUUGAGUUGCGCAACAAGGAGGAUCUGACUUGCAACGGACGUGGUCCACUUGAGGUGACUCUCUCUCAGCCGACUCGCACAGCCAAUGGGACAAACGGACACAGUCUGUCAGAGGUUCCUGAUGAGAUGAAGAGUCUGAUCAUAGAGAAGAGCAAGAUGGGCCUGGAUGAAGACCCCGAGCUGCUUGUCAAAGGCUGGCUGUUCCGGGAGGUGUGUGGAAGCUGGAUCAAGCAGCGUUGCUACUGGUUUGUACUGAGCCUGGACUCCUUAGACUACUACAGCAGCUCAGAAAGAGGAGCCCGUAGACUGGGAACACUGGUACUCACCAACCUCUGCUCUGUCAUCUGGCCAGACAAACAGACCUUCAAGGAGACGGGGUACUGGAGCAUCACAGUGUAUGGGCGUAAGCACUGCUACAGGCUGUACACCAAGCACUUCAACGAGGCUGUGCACUGGGCCUGCGCUGUCCAGAAGGUCAUCGACACAAAAGCCCCCGUGGAGACGCCCACUCAGCUCCUGAUCCGAGACAUCGAGGAGAACAAGUUUAACCCUGAGGUGGUAGAUAAUAUCUACCAGCACAACCCCAUCCUGAAGCACACUCAGAGCCCCCUGUAUGCUCCCCUGCUGCCCUUCCCUUACAGCAGCCUGGAACACACCUACCACAGUGGGAAGGGCUAUGCCACAGUGCGGGAGGAAGCGGUGAAGCUCUUCAACUGUCUGCAGCAGCUGGAGUCUGCGCGGGACCCGGUGCCUCUGAUCCAGGGCGUGCUGCAGACCUGUCUGGACCUGCGGCCGCUCCGGGACGAGGUCUACUGCCAGCUGGUGAAGCAGACCAGCUGCACGCCGCAGCCCCACACCGCCGCACACCUCCGCUACUGGCAGCUCCUCACCUGCAUGAGCUGCACCUUCCUGCCCGGCCCCGCCGUGCUUAAAUACCUGCGCUUCCACCUCAAGAGGAUCCAGAGCCAAUUUCCGGAGUCUGAGAUGGAUAACUAUGCGUCGUUCAUCGGGGAGGCUCUGGAGAAGACACGGUGUCGGGAAUGUGUUCCCUCCUGGGAGGAGAUCCAGGUGCUGAUGGGGAGACAGGAGAUGCUGUGUACAGUUCACUACCCAGGACCAGGCUCCUGUCAGCUCCACAUCAGCUCACACACCACCGCCAACGAGGUGGUGAGGAGGAUGUUGGAGAAGCUGGGUCUGAAGGAGAGCAGAAACACGUUUUCCCUGUUUGAGCAGAACGCCCACUGGGAGAGAGCUGUAGGGGGCAGCACCAUCAUCGCUGACAUCCUCACCAGGUUUGAAAACCUGUCUGCCGAAGAGCCAGACUCAGACUCCCAGUGGAGGCUUUGCUUCAAACUCUACUGCCUUCUGGAUGCUGACACCAUAUCUGUUGACAGUAUCGAGUACCUCUUCCUCUUUGAACAGUGCCAUGAGAUGGUGGUGCGAGGUCAGCUCCCAGCCUGUGAGGAGGACCUCCAGACCCUGGCUGCCCUGCGGCUUCAGUCUGUGAUCGGGGACUUCAGCACCCACUCCCCCUGCCCCCCUCUGGACGAGCUCUUCCCCGGCCACAUGGUGGAGGCACGGCUCCUCAUACCCCCCUGUGCACCCCCCGCCCUCCUCCCCGGCACCCAGCCCCCGGGCCAGGGCUGCCCCCAGCGCUUCCCCGGGGGUCUCCUGGGAGGGGCGUUGUGGAACCAUACGGCCACUGCAGCCCACAAGCAGAAGGUGGAGCAGAACCUGCGGCUACGCAGCCGUCUGAAGGAGGAGGCUGCGGCCAUCAUGAGCACCAUUGUGGAGUGCUGGAAGGGCCUGGCCGGGUACAGCAGGAGGGACAGUAUGACUGCCUACCUCACCAUCGCACGCCAGUGGUCUGGCUUUGGCUGCACACUCUAUGAGGUGGACUUCUAUAUUAGUUCGACAGGUAGUUUCUCACAGAAGCUGUGGCUGGGUGUGGCAGCGACGUGUGUGUCUCUGUACAGGCAGGGCGAGGCAGAGGCUCUGGAGUCCUUCCCCUACGGACAGAUCUGCUCCUACGGCGUCUCCGACAGCAACACCUUCAAGAUCACCGCCGGCGACCGAGACCUGCUGUUUGAAACUACCAAGCUGACUGAGAUCAUGCAGCUGAUGAAUGCCUAUUUCAGUGCCAUCCGUCGCCAGUGUGGGAGGGGCGACGACGUGGUGAGCAUCACAGAGGGCACUGCCAUCGAGGUGGGCUUCCACCACCUCCCCCGACACCCACCCCCACCCUGCUGGAGCUGCCCUCGCACCCCGUGUGAAGAGCACCCCUUCCCCCUGUCCUCAGCUCACACGCAGCCUCCUCGGAGCCCAGCCCCAGCCUAGCGGACCCUGUGCCUGCUUCCUCCACCUCCUCCACUGGGAACAGCACCACAGCCAAAACAAAGAGAAGGCUGUUUUUACUCCUCAUCCGUGAAAAUAAACCUCGCUGAGAGUUCCAACUGAAGGAGCGAGAAUGGGAGGAAACCAAUGUGGUUGCUGAUGAGGUGUCACCACCUCCCCCAUCUUGCCACAUAACCUCUGUUCUCACAUGGGAGAUCGGGCACCCCGACAACGUGAGGCACGGGACCCGAAGCUGUGGCUCCUUAUCUCCUAGAACUCACAGGGCCAUACUUCAGGGAGACACACUGUUGCCUAGACACAAGAGUUCAUCUACAGUUCCCCAAUUAGUUACACCGCUCACCUAGAGACACGGAGCAGAGCAGAGGACAAACUGCUUGAGGGAGCGCUGUGAACGUGCCUCUGCUAUGUUGUUCUACAUGUCGUGCUCUGCCUUUCCUAGAAGAUUGUCGCCCUUUCCUAGAAUAUCCCUCAUGCAAUAGAAGGGGGGGGGGGGGUGGAAUCAGACUGACUGACUCACACCCACACUU